UGCCCCCUGCUGUGUGUGUUCCAGUAUCGAUACAACCCUUGGUAUCGACGGAUCGGUAUUUGCCUGGCCCCGCCCACUACUGCCAUACAGCGCUGCAGCUUCCUGCCGCGUCAAGAUAUCAACUCUCCACAACAACAAUGAGUGAGUCACUGACGGUGUGCACGGUGGACAAAGAGCUGCUCCAAAAGCUGAAAAAGUUUCGCAUGCGCAAGGAGACCACCAACGGCGCCAUCGUCAUGAAGAUCGACAAGGACAGAGAUCUUGUGGUUCUUGAUGAAGAAUACGAGGACAUUUCUCUUGACGACCUGAAGGACGAACUCCCAGAGAGACAGCCCAGAUAUGUGGUGUACAGUUAUAAGUACCAUCACGACGAUGGACGUAUAUCCUACCCUCUCUGCUUCAUCUUCUCCAGCCCAGCAGGUUGCAAGCCUGAGCAGCAGAUGAUGUACGCAGGAAGUAAAAACUCUUUGGUGAAAGAUACUGAAAUGACAAAGGUGUUUGAGAUCCGAAACACGGAGGACCUGACGGAGGAGUGGCUGAAGGGGAAACUGGCCUUCUUCCGCUAAGGAGGACUCGGAUUGUGCAGGACAAAUGUUGUUGGGGGACAACCUGCUGCAGACCUGGUUUCAAAGCUGUUGACUACUGUACUUCCUUUCUUGUUUUAGGCUUCUGGCUGGUCUAAAACGGAAAUAUAGUGUAAUCUAUUUUGACCCCCCGCCCCCCCCCCUCACACACACACACACACACACACACACACACACACACACACACACACCUCUUAAAUCCCCCCUUUGUGGUCUCCAUGUGCCAGUUGUGUAGGUGUCAGUGUGGAAUUAACACCCAAGUAGCGCUCCAGUGGAACCAAACUUCUUAUUGUCAGCAGACAUGUAGAAUCUUACAACUCACAAUUCAAUCCGAUUCUUGGGUUGACAAUUUGAUUCCCAAUCGCUUUUUGUUUCAGUUUUCUGCAAUAUAUUUGGUGUAUACAUUUGUCAUAAACCUUUUUCAAAACAGCUUAAAGAUAGGAAAAACCUCUUAAAAAUACGGCCUAAAAAAUAUAUUUGUAAUAAUCGAUUCUUGAACACAGAAUCCCAGUGAAUAAGAAUUGGGAUUUUUUUCUUGCAACCUUAUUGGUCAGUUUGGGAGAUGCUUUGUGUUCGUACUGUAAGUCGUUAACUUCUUUAUCCUUUUAUUUGUUUUUACAUUUGGUGCAUUUUGGGUUGUGUAACAUUUUUUCUUUGAAGAGCGUGAAUUAUGAUAUGAAACCAACAUCCUGCCAGGAGAACAUGAGUUCCAGCCAAAGUAGUUGUACAAUAUCGAUUCAAUAUUGGAAAGAUCAUUUGUUUUUAUUCAUAAUUGUAUUGUUAAAAAUCAAUGUAAAUGGACUUUAUUCUAUUUUCAUUCUUCUAGAUACAGUGGUGGUCAAAAGUUUACAUACACCUUAUUUCCUUGAAUUGCCGCCGGGGCGCUAAUUAUUUUAAAACCUCUUCUCACUCCAUGCGGUAAAUUAAGGCCUGCGCUUAUAAAUUUGAGUGUGAUGUAAGGAUACCAUCAUGAAAAGCACAUUUAAUAAAAAAACAUUGUUAUGAAUAGUCCAUGCGCAGCUCCUGCUGAUCAAAAGCAUCGAUAACUUGUUUAUAGAAGUCUUCCUUAUCUUUCUUCAGUUUUAAAAGUCUCUCUGUCCCGAUGGAGAUCUUCCUUUAUUACCUCCUGCUUCGAUUGAAAGUCCAGUUUAGAAAACUGUUUUAUUUUAGAUAUGUAAUCCUCCAUGUUAAAAGUGCAAGCGAGAGGAAAAACUAAACGAUCGCUGCUUGUUGUCACUUCUUCUGCAGCCGAGUAGUCGCAAGAAGGAUCACUAGCGCCCUCUACCACCAGGAGGCGGGAGUCAUUUAAUGACUCAUAUUUGACACACGCAGCUACGGUAUAUUAAUAAAACAUAGCUGCUUACUGUUCUUUUUAGCAUAUUCAAUAGCUUAGACAUUAAAUCCUACUGAAUAGCUCUUAAUCUUCUUCCCUUUAUGCGAUUUCAAAUGAUUGAAAUCAGCCUCCUCCAUUUUGAAAAUGAUGACAGGUGAAGUGUCACUCGUGACGUGACGAGUUUGACCCGGCGGAAAUUCUAGGCAUAUGCUCAUUAUUUGGCGAAACAAGUUUGACCCGGCGGUAAUUCUAGAUGUGCGCUAAUAAAAAUUAUAUUUGGCGAAACGAGUUUGACCCGGCGUUAAUCCUGAGCCGGCGGUGAUGCUAAGCAUACGCUAAUUAUUUUGCGAAACGAGUUUGACCCGGCAGUAAUUCUAGGCAGGUGCAUACUAUAUACCCGGCGGUAAUUCAAGGAAUUUCGGCACUUGUAAAGAACAUCAUGUCAUGGCUGUCUUGACUUUCCAAUCAUUUCUACAACUCUUAUUUUUUUGUGAUGUAGUGAUUGGAGCACAUACUUGUUGCUCACAAAAAAAACCUCAUGAAAUUUGCUUCUUUUAUGAAUUUAUUAUGGCUCUACUGGAAAUGUGAGUAAUCAAAAGUAUACAUACAGCAAUGUUAAUAUUUGCUUACAUGUCCCUUGGCAAGUUUCACUGCAAUAAGGCGCUUUUGGUAGCCAUCCACAAGCUUCUAGGUUGAAUUUUUGACCACAAAAUUGGUGCAGUUCAGCUAAAUUUGUUGGGUUUUCUGACAUGGACUUGUUUCUUCAGCAUUGUCCACACGUUUAAGUCAGGACUUAGGGAAUACCAUUAUAAAACUUUAAUUCUAGCCGUAUUUAGCCAUUCCUUUACCACUUUUGACGUGUGUUAGGGACCAUUGUCCUGUGGGAACACCCAACUGAGCCCAAGACCCAACCUCCGGGCUGAUGAUUUUAGCUUGCCCUUAAGAAUUUGGAGGUAAUCCUCCUUUUUCAUUGUCCCAUUUAAAGUACCAGCAAAACAGGCCCAGAGCAUAAUACUACCACCACCAUGCUUGACGGUAGAUAUGGUGUUCCUCAGACCGUUUCUCCUCCAAACAUAUUGCUGGGUAUUAUGGCCAAACAGCUCUUUACUGUGUUGACUAUUUUGGGGUUAACAGAAUGACACAAAACAUGUUUUUGGGAUGUCACAAUAGCCAAUGUCAAUAUCAUACCCACUCAAACAUUCCAGACUGGACCGACUGUGAUUACUAGAGAUUAGUAGUCGUGGUGAUGAAUGUUGUGCCGGAAUCUGGCAUAAAACCGCUUUAAAGUCAGGAUUUUUAGGCUGGCAUUAACGAGUUCAAAUCAUUUAAAUCAGGGGUCUCAAACACGCGGCCCGCGAGACGUUAUUUUGCGGCCCGCACUUUAAUAUGAAAUUUAAUGUUGGUGCGGCCCGCAAGUUUUAUAUUGAUGGCGCUUUACAGCGUCAUACUUGUAUACCCUCGAUUUUUCCGGGAGACUCCCAAUUUUCAGUGCCCCUCCAGGGGUAAUUGUUGUCCCGAAAUUCACCCGAACAACUAUAUUGAACAGGGCACCGUGGAGGCCCUACCUUUAGCGUCCUCUACAACCUGUACAUGUUGUAUUUGACUUCAGUCGACACAGUGACAUAGUUGAUCAACAGCCAUACAGGUCACACUGAGGGUGGCCGUAUAAACAACUUUAACACUGUUACAAAUAUGCGACACACUGUGAACCCACACCAAACAAGAAUGACAAACACAUUUUGGGAGAACAUCCGCACCGUAACACAACAUAAACACAACAGAACAAAUACCCAGAAUCCAAUGCAGCCCUAACUCUUCCGGGCUACAAUAUACACCCCUGCCCCUCCCGACACCGCCCCCUAUUGUAGUCCGGAAGAGUUAGGGCUGCUUUGGAUGCUGGGUAUUUCAUGCAGAUGUUCUCUCAAAAUGUGUUUGUCAAUCUUGUUUGGUGUGGGUUCACAGUGUGGCGCAUAUUUGCAACAGUGAUAAAGUUGUUUAUACGGCCACCUUCAGUGUGACCUGUAUGGCUGUGAUCAAGUAUGUCUUGCAGUCACUUCCGUGGGUCUGCAGAAGCCUCUUACAAUAUUUGACUGUGCCGGCACACUGUUUGUAUGAUGGAAAAGCGGAUGAGACAGCAGGUUGUAGAGGACGUAAAAGGUUUUCCGGGUGAAAACCGGGAAAAUAUUAGCCACCGGAGAUUGUGGGGAGGGGCACUGAUAUUCGGGUGUUUUCCGGAAAUAUCGCGAGAGUUGGCAAGUAUGAUGCUAGAGCGGGAAAGCCAUUCAAAGAAGGGGAAUUCAUUAAAAAGUGCAUGUUAGAUUUUUCUUAAGAAAUCUUUUCUUGCGGCCCAGCCUCACCCAGUUUCUGCAUCCAGUGGCCCCCAGGUAAAUUGAGUUUGAGACCCCUGAUUUAAAUCAACAUGACAAUCUUUGUUGAUCAUGUAAACUUUUUUGCGUUAGCAUAAUGCUAGCUCUGAGUUGUCUUAGCGUGGAGGAUGUAGCGCAACAAUCCAUAGCGGACAACUCUUGUUUAGACAACGCCUCUGCUGGUUGUGGCCAAGUAGUGCACUCCAUCUUUCCCUCUGUGUUGUCAGGACACGACUAGAUAAGUAAUUAUUCAUUUAAGAUGAAUUCAUGAACUUUUAAGCCCUUCCUCAUUGUUUCCCGCGACUGACGUCCUUUCUAUUGAAUGUGCCAUCGGAAUUUGUGCCAGUAUCUUUUGAAAAAGUUCAUUGUUUAGGGCAAUAUGGGUGAAUAAUAUAAGUGUUUCAUAUCGGUCAAUGUCGAUAACUAUUGAUAUUUUUAUGACCGAUCAAAAAUAAAGACCAGGAGAAAAUGUUAUUAAAUGUCAACAUUUUUAUUUUCAAUUCUAACCUUCCUCUGAUUAAAAUCCCCUUAGCUAUCAAGAGGAGGGAAGGAAAUGUCAACACAAGUAUCAUUUCAUGGAAAUACAAUUACUAAAAUCACAUUUUAAAAUGAACUUGCAAAAAUAAGGAAUACAUAAGAAAUGCUGUUGACAUUAUUAUAUUGAUUUGGAGCAGGGGUCACCAACCUUUUUGAAACCAAGAGCUAUUCUUGGGUACUGAUUAAUGCCAAGGGCUACCAGUUUGAUACACACUUAAAUUGUAUUUCUGUCUGUCAUUCUGUCGUACAUUUUUUUUCCUUUUACGGAAGGUUUUUUUUAGAGAAUAAAUGAUGAAAAAAACACUUAAUUGACAGUUUAAAAAGAGGAAAAACACGAAAGAAAUCAAUUAAAUUUUGAAAAAUUUCGACUCUUUUUAAAAUUCAAAAUUCUCCCCAAAAAAAGAAGAGAAAAACUAGCUAAUUCUAAUCUUUUUGAAAAAAUUAGAAAAAGAAUUUAUAGAACAUCAUUAGUCAUUUUUCCUGUUUAAGAUUAAUUUUACAACUUUGAUUAAAUGUUUUAAAUAGGUUAAAAAUCCAAUCUGCACUUUGUUAGAAUAUAUAACAAAUUGGACCAAGCUAUAUUUCUAACAAAGACAAAUCAUUAUUUCUUCUAGAUUUUCCAGAACAAAAAUUUUAAUAGAAAUUCCAGUCUUUGGAAAUAAGAUUUAAAUUUGAUUCUAUAGAUUUUCUAGAUUUGCCGGAAUACUUUUUUUUAAUUUUAAUCAUAAUAAGUUUGAAGAAAUAUUUCAAAUAUUCUUCAUCGAAAAAACAGAAGCUAAAAUGAAGAAUUAAAUUAAAAUGUAUUUAUUAUUCUUUACAAUAAAAAAAUAAAUUUACUUGAACAUUGAUUUAAAUUGUCAGGAAAGAAGAGGAAGGAAUUUAAAAGGUAAAAAGGCAUAUGUGUUUAAAAAUCCUAAAAUCAUUUUUAAGGUUGUAUUUUUCCUCUAAAAUUGUCUUUCUGAAAGUUAUAAGAAGCAAAGUAAAGAAAAAAAUUAAUUUAUUUAAACAAGUGAAGACCAAGUCUUUAAAAUAUUUUCUUGGAUAUUCAAAUUCUAUUUGAGUUUUGUCUCUCUUAGAAUUAAAAAUGUCGAGCAAAGCGAGACCAGCUUGCUAGUAAAUAAAUACAAUUUAAAAAAUAAAGGCAGCUCACUGGUAAGUGCUGCUAUUUGAGCUAUUUUUAGCACAGGCCCGCGGGCACCGUGUUGGUGACCCCUGAUUUAGAGCGUGCUAAAAAGAACAUGUUCACCCAUUCUGACGUGUCUGAAAAACAGUUUAUUAUUCUGACCACUUAAGUAAUUAUUAAAUAGAAUGACGGACGGACCAAAUGUCAACAACCCAUGAGAAAUAAAAGCAAGGCGUUUUCUUUUAGUGAAGUGACACAACAAAGAGUUGAAUGCGUUAUCUGCAUGUGUGAACAGCUUACACCCACAUCACUGUAAGACUAUUGGUAGUAUUUUGAACGUCAGCUGCUGUUUUCCUUCCAGAGCAUAGUAGUCCAUCCAAAGUAAUUUAUUUUCCAGUUAGCAUCUAUAUUAUACUAUUAUACCAAUAAAUAAGAGUUGAUUGUUCUUCUUUGCUGUGCUGAAUGUGUCCUUUUUUUUUUACCUGAACAUGUGUUGUUUAGCUUUGCAACGGUAAUAACAAUGUAGUCUGCUCUCCUUUUCAGUGACUUGAAAGAUGUACUGUAUCAUCAGGCCUUGUGGCAACAGUGAAACUUCAGACAAUCUACUUGUCUUUUCUCUACUUUCUAUUAUAAAAUGCGUCUUGUCUCCUGUUGUCCAAAUAAAAGCGUCAAGGACGUU